AUGCGUUGUACAUUCACGGCUACGGGAAUGAUUUCAAGCCUGAAAAAAUCGCACCUGUUUUUAAUCGUAGCUUGUUCUUUGCUAGUUAUCGUUGGGAUUCACAAGCAAUUAUCAGAAGGUGAAAAUAUGGCUCAACAAACCUAUAUUCAUGUUGAUUUGAACAUAUCUCAACACGAUUCAAUAUUUAACACUUGUGAAUUAAUUGUCUUCAAUCAUUUGGAUCCAGAGUUAUUAGAGUUCCAUUAUCCAGGAUAUAAUCCAAAAAACGGAUGUAUUCCUUAUGAACCUAUAACAGUAUUGCACGAUGCCAAGGUGAAUGUUACAGAAAAGGCUAAAAGAUACACAUGUAAAGCGAGGUGUUUAUACAAUAAACGUGAUGCUGAGUAUACGGCUGAUCCUUGGAUAAGCGUUCCAUCGGAGAAAAAAUUCGAAUGUGACAUAGUGGAGACGGAUUGCGAUCCACCAACGUUGUACGGCAGUAAGGAAUCAUACAUCCACUCCCAAAUUUACGAAAAAAGGUCACAGAACUCUUCGUCGGACCACCGACCAAAUCUCUACGUUAUUCUCAUCGACUCAGUCUCUUCAUUUAUGGCUAAACGAGCACUACCUCGUACUAUUGAGUUCUUGAAAAGUGAAUUCGAUGCAGUUCAGAUGGAGUUUUUGAAUAAAGUUGGCAGUAAUACAAGACCGAACGCAUUUCCGUUAUUUUUCGGGAAAUCUUUCGAAGGUGGCAGUCGAGCACUCGUCGGUCUUCCUCCGUUGGAACCUGAUUGGAAUAGUGAGGAAAAAUGUGGGAAAUAUUUGGAUGAAUAUUCUUAUUAUUUGGAAGAAUAUCGAAUGAGAGGAUAUAAGACUAUGGUUGGUCAGGAUUGGAGCGUUGGUGUUCCAUAUUAUCCGAAUUGUCUUGGAUUCAAUAGACCUGAAGCUGAUCAUAUGUGGAGGCCAUUUGAAGUGCGGAUGAUUGAAUCAAAAAUUCUGACUAAAAAUUUCAAUUGUAGCGAAAGAUUUAUAGAAUUGUUGGAUUAUUUGGAAAAAUUUAUGAAUGCUUAUCAAGGAGUACCGAAGGUCGGUCAUAUUCUGCCUGUAUAUCUAGCCCACGACACAUUAAAGGACCUGUAUCAUUCUGACGAAUAUUUUCUAAAUUUUUUCGAGAAAAACCGUCAUAAUGUUGAUGAGUCAUUCAUUUUCUUUAUGGGCGAUCAUGGCCCAAACAGUGGUGAUAUCCACAAAGUACUUCUUGGAAAAUAUGAGAAAAAUAAUCCAUUUCUAAUGGUUACUAUUCCAAAACGUUAUCGUAACUCUCCAAUCCAUGAACAACUCAGAAACAAAUCGCUAGCGCUAAUGACACAUUUCGAUUUACAUGCGACAUUUAUGGAUAUUUUAAAUUUGCAACCAUCCGCCGGUUUCAAUGACACUUCAUAUCACAACAUGUCUCCGAUGAGCAAAGGAUCAUCGCUGCUCAGAGAAUGGAGAGGGACAAGGAAUUGUCGUACAUUGCCAAUUCCAUCACAAUAUUGUCUAUGUCAAUAUAAUAGAACAGUAAUUGAAGAUGAGAAAAUUCGUGAGAAAGUUGGUGUAUUUUUAGCCGAACAGCUUAAUUCUUUUCUCGAACGUUCUGGAAUUUCACAUAAAUGCCGGCGGCAAUACUACAGUUCAACUCAAAAUGCUACUCAAUUAAAGGACGGUGAUGCAUUACUGUAUGAAGUGGAGGUGUUUCUUACCCCCUCUAACGGACUUUUUUCGGCUCAUGUUCGUUCAACGUCCUCUGGAUUUCUACUCUAUUCUGGAUUUACUCGAUUGAAUAGAUAUGGAGAUCAAGGAGAUUGUGUUUGGCUACGUUGA